AUGUUAAUUAUAGUUCUGAACUCCUUGUCCUUGUGGAUUGGAAUUUCGGUUUUGUUAGUUGCUUGGAAUUUUGAUCCACGUUCUUGUGAAAUUGCGUUGGGUUUAUGGUCUCUGUUGCAAUUUGUGCUAGCUUUGUAUUCACUCUUGGUACAGGGUUGUGAUCCUUCAGUUUUAUUGGAUGCCACUGAUGGAAUUGACAGUGAGAACGAGUCUCCUCCGAAGGAAUCCUUAAAGGGUUUUGUCGAUCUGAUUGAUGUCAUCAAGUCGGAGCUUGAAGAAGCACACCCCGGAGUAGUUUCUUGUGCUCAUGUUGUUGUUUUUGCUGCUAGAGAAAGUGUUCUUCUGAGAAUUUAUGGUUCUCAGUCCUAUAAUCUACUGUGUGUUGAACAACUUAUAUGGCUUUCUCAUAAUCUCAUUCUGACUAAUUGGUUGGAGCUCUCAGCUUAUUUCUCGCAUAUGUUGCAAUUCCAAAUUUCUGGCCUUGAUGCUGCGUAA